UAGAGGCGCCCAGAGGCAGACUCCUUCCUACUUACUAGCCCUCCACUCUUUGACUAGUCGUGAGAAGCUCAGUUCUGCAUUUUAUUUAUUUAUUUCCCUUUGGCAGCUUGAGAGGGAGGAGCACCGCUGCAGGAGGUCAACAGGCUGCAAUGCAACGGUUGCAAGAAGGAGUUUAUUUAGGUGCACGAAGGAGACUUCCUUUGCUUACAGGUUGCACUAGAGCAGCGUUUUUCAACCUGGUCAACUUUAAGAUGAAUGGACAUCAACUCCCAGAAUUCACCAGCCCUUAAAAGUUGCCAAGAUUGAGAGGCACUACUCUAGAGUUUUGGGCAACAGGAAGUAAAAAUGGAACAGGAAGACCCUGAAGGGAACGGAAAAGGAAAAAAACCCAAGGCUGUACAGAAGGAUCUCCAAGCCACCCAGGCUGGAACUGGGGCUGAGCUUCAUUUUCAAAAGCUUUUGAAGCCAAUCAAGCAGGAACCGGAAGAUGAACUGCAACAGCGCUGGGAAACCCAGUGGCAGAAAUUCCUGAAGACCAUGCAGGUGCCUUAUUUCUCAGAAAGAUGUCCACAGCUGGCUCGGCCUCUGUUGGAGGAGAGUCCUAGAGAACUUCAAGCUUCUUUCCCCCCCUUGAAGGGGAUAGCAGAGACCAGUCUACUGUCUAGAGAAGAGGCGUUCAGCCAGAAGACCUUGUGCAGGACUUGUGAGAAAGACCCAGAUUCUUCUGUGCAAGUGAAGGAAGAGAUUUGGGGGGAGGACACGGAGAGCUUAGAAGAACAGAGCCAGCAUUUCCGUCAGUUCUGCUACCGGGAGGCUGAAGGGCCCAGAAAUGUUUGCGAGCAGCUUUGGAGACUUUGUCACCAGUGGUUGAAGCCGGAGAGGCAUAGCAAGGAGCAGAUUUUGGAGCUGGUGGUCCUGGAGCAGUUUCUCACCAUCCUGCCCGAGGAUGUAAAAAGUUGGGUAAGAGAAGGCAGACCGCAGACCUGCGCCCAGGCUGUCACCCUGGCCGAAGAUUUCCUCCUGAAUUUACAGAGAAGACAGCAGGAACUGGAGCCGUAUGAAAAGGUGAUUGUUAAUUCCCCCAAGGCAGAAUUGGAUCCAUCAGAUACAGAGGACCCAGGGAACUCCACGGAGGUUGAGCCUGAUAGCGAUGAUGACCCUCCCUUAUUCAGUGAUGGAGAAAGGAGCUGCCGUCAUCACCCAGAGAGAAUGGAGCGUGGAGAAUUCAGGAGGAUAUCCACAAAAGACCGACGAGGACAGGCUAACCCAGAUCCUUGCUUUGCUUCAGGAUGUGAGGAUGAGGAGCUGAAUCAGGAAAGUGCCCAGAUGGCUGAAUUCAGUGACAUCUCCUCAGAAAGAGGCAGAGAGACACUUCUCCAGGUACCUGAAGUAGAAGGAAGGCCAGGAGGUCAAGAGAGACUAAGACACACCCAUGGAAACUCAGCCAGGAAGAGGCCAAGAAGAAAUGUGGUUUGCAAGGAAGACGAUUCAGACAGAAGCCCCAACCGGAAGAGGGUCCCUGAGUACCUAUCCCAAAAGACGGCCACCAAAUGUGUGAAAAAGAGCAGCCCGUGUGUUGACUUCGCUCAGCCAGCCAAGGCCCCAUCCUACGAGUGUUCCUACUGCGGCAAGCGGUGGCCCUGCCAAUCCCAGCUCAGCCGGCAUCUCAAAAUCCACACGGGCGAGAGGCCUCACAAAUGCACAGACUGUGGGAAGAGCUUCAGCAACAGCUCGAACCUCAGCCAGCACAAAAGGGUGCACACCGGGGAGAGGCCCUACAGUUGCAAAGACUGCGGGAAAAGCUACCGACGCCGGGCCUCCCUGGUUCAGCACGAGAGAGAAACCUGCCGGAAAGGGAACCCCUUGAACACUCCAGCCGUGGGGUACAUUGUGUUGGGGAACUGCACCUUGCUGUGUAUGAAGAAAUCGGGGCAGGGCAGGAAGAAUCGGGUGAUCGCGCCAAAGGGGUCAGAGGUCCCCCUCGCCACUCAGCCUUUAAACCUAGUAAUGGGAUAUUCGCAAGAGAAAAGCCAGGCUGGCAGUUAGAGGUCUAGAAAACUUACAUUGGAUAUAUAUGAUGCUGUCUUUGACCAAACGGGCCUCUUGGCUGGAGUACAGGAACACCAGAUCUUCUUUGGAAACAAAUCUGUGGUAAAGUUAUGGGCAAGGAGGUGUCGACCUUGAGGAAAACUCUCCUGUUUCAGUUUCAGCAAAAUCCAAACAUUAAACUAGGAGAGAGGCAGGAGGAGGAGGAAAAUGAUCAAUGGAGGGCACUUCCGAAGGAUCCCACAAAGUGACUUGUUAGGCCUCUUGGCUUGGAACAAGUGCCAAGAAUAGGGAGAAAGGUUCUGCCUGGAAGGAAGCUUCCCCUGGAAAUGCGUUGGGCCUAUCUGCAGGUUUACCAAGCCUUUUAAGGCAGGUGUGUCAAACUGCCAGCCAAUGGAGUGGGUGAGCCCACCCCAUUGCCAGCAAUGGGGGGAAAAUUGCCACACAUCGCGCGACACGAGUUUGACUUGCCCAUUUUAGGGUAUGCCGAAGGGAGCACAAUAGCUUAGCUUUGGACAGUAAGGCUGUAUAGAUGCCUGGAUUGCAAAUGAACGAGAAAAUUCAGAGCCUGUCCAGGUAGGAGUGAUACCGUUGUCUGUAUCUCUUUAAAGGCUGAGUCUUUCCCUGUCUCUUAUGUCUGUCAUGGUUCCGACUAAUGAAACACUUCAAAGAACCUCCAGGCAUCUUAUCCUAAAAAGUCUUUUUUAUUCAUGUGACAAAAUGUUGGCACGGCAUGAUAAAAGAGGUGCUAAGAUCUGAAAUUUCCAUCCACCAAGCAGUUAUUUUUGCUAGCAUUUCCCCUCCCUUAUUCGGCUGUCAUGAUUUACAUUCUCCAGUUAGUUUGAAGGGCAAAGGUUCUCUUCCGUCCUCUUUCCCGGGCUUUUCUCUCCUCCCUCAUUCUCCUCUGAAUUAACUCUAAAAGUACCAGACAAUUCAGCAUAAUUUGUCAAAGCAAGAAUAUUCAAUAUUAGCAGCGUUGACAAUGUCUCUCCUAGAAAAAGACCCCUGGCUUAAGGAUGUACUAAUAGGGGGCAGCGCAAGUGUGCUGCUCCAAGUCGCCUGUUCCAUUUGAGAUUUUGACUGAUGCACAGUGUGAAUGUACUGUAAGAUUUGACACGUGCCUUGGCAGCGUUAGUGUUAUUCUCCGGCAGGUUAAAUGAUCUGUAUUGAGUGCAAAUCACAGAGGUUCAGUCAGUUUGCAGAUACUUGUUCGGAUCAUAGGUGGAUGAGAUGCAAUGAGUCCUUGUUCAGACUUUUUCAAACUGCCACCAGUUUAAUCUCAAUGCACCUGGAAGCAGAAACCAUAUAAUUUUUUUCCAAAUUUGAGAGACUCUCCUUGACCUAGUUGCCUCCUUUUUCAGUAUAAAGGGCUGGGAAGGCAACCUGGAGGUUUCGUAACAUUGGAAAAAACUAUUUUUUUUCUUCCUUAAGCAACCCCUCCCCCUUUUUUAAAAAAAUUAAGUGUUGAAAUCGUGGAAGGUUUUGACAGAGAUCAGACUGGAUGUCAAAUCCACUCUUAGUCUGCUUUGAAACGUCUAUUUCUAUGUCACUGAGGGGUUUAAUGUUGAUUACACCAGGGGUCCCCAACCCCCCCAGCCUUGAGCUUUUCGGAAGUGGGCUACGGAAGUGGCGGGCGACUGCCUGCCUGCGUGUUUUAUGAUCGUUUUUGCACCAUACGUUUUAUAAAAUUUGCCAAAUUUCAAUUUCAUGGGAGUUAUCGGUCCCAGAUGUUGGACACCUUCUAUAAGUUGAAGUACUUUGAUUCAAAAACUGUUGCCCUACAAGAUACCGUUUUGCCCAGUUAAAGGUUACACAAAGAUAAAUGGGAGAGUUUUAGUAAUGUACACAUGAUAGAAUGACCAAUUGUAUAUAGUUGGUAUCAUUUUUCACUGACAUUCUAAUGCGUCAACAUUUCAGCCUGAAGAAUUAUUGCGGCUAUAGUCAGAAACAGCAUAAUGAUACAACAGAGCUACAUAAGCAGACUAAAUGGGAUGACAAUAUCAGGGAUCAGUAGAACCUGUGAACCAGCAUAGUGAUUGGAUCCCCUUCACUGGAUAUAUCUAAUCAGAGGCUGGAUAGUUAUCUCUUGGGAGCGCUUUAAUCUGCAUUUUUUGCACGAUAGUUAUCUCUCGGGGAUGCUUUAAUCUGCAUUUUUUUGCACAGAUUGGAUUUCAGGGCCCGAAUAGCCCCUUCCAGUGCUGCAACUCUGAGUAUACCUGAUCAGGGAACAGGUUCACAUACUUAACAGAUAUACUGUAAAUAGGAUAGACUGCCAGAUUCUUUGGCAUCUUUUCCAAGCAUGUUUCUUAUAGUCUAGCAAGAUUUUGUCAACAUCCAGCUUGAGAAUCCAAAUAAAACUCCAGUUUCAUCCCAUUCCUGAGAAGUUUACUGUUUAUUGGAUACACUGUAUGGUUAUGUCAAUGUAAAACUAACGCUGAGGUUCCAACACCAAUCCAUAGACUUAAACCAGGGGUUCCCAACCUCCAGUCUAUGGACUGGCACCGGUCCACAGCAUACCAGAAACCGAGGCACGCAAGCAAGUGAAGCACCAUCUUGUUGUUUUGCGGAAAAUAGCAGGAGAAAGGAGUAUGAGGUACUUUUGAUACCUUGACUAAUUUAUAUAAGGUGGGGUACAAAAUUAAUAAAUAUCAUGGGUCAACCUGUUCCACUGGCUAAUGGCUUGUACUCUCAAGAAGUUCCUCCAGGGAUCUCACCUCAGUCUUGAUUUAUUUCCUCUCUAAAGCAGGUUGAUUUCAUUUUGUUAGGUCUCCCAUUGAGCCUUGCUUUGUUGCUGGUGUUGGGCAGCACUUAAAUCAAAUACAUUAAAUUAAGGGUUUAUAGACUUUCCUCCACCCAUUGUCACUCUGCAGACAUACAACUUCAUUGUGAACUACAACACUUUUGCAAGUAUUAGGUCAACGUUUUGUAAAGUAUCAUUGUAAUCUGAAGAAUUAUAGGAUUGUAAUAAACUAUACUAUGACUGAUA